UCAUGGGGCCCCCGGGCAAUAGGGGAUUUAUGGGGCCCCUGUGUCCUUGCCCAAACUCAAAAAAGCCUAUGAAAAAGGUACCGGGGCAUCUCAUGGGGCCUCCUAUUGACCCCGGGCCCUCUGCCAGUGCCCGAGUUUCCAAAUGGUCAGUCCGCCCCUGCUCCUUUUCAGUUUCAGUUGAUGAAAGAUGUUAUGUAAAUUACAAAUGCAGCUAAAGUCGGAAGAUAUGAAAAGGUGCAACCAUGUCCUUUAGGAACGCCAUCUUUGCACCAUGCUUAGACCACACU